UGCGUACACUGCAACUACGAAGUUUACAGUUAAAUAAUGCAGAAAUGUUGAGUUACAUUGAAUACUGACGGACUGAACUUCUUCUUUGAGUGUAGCUUCAAGAGGUUCUUUACUGCUGUGAAGAGGAUAAACGGUUAUUGUUUGAUGCUUAUAGUUGUGGUUAGUAUUGUAAUUAUGAGUUGUUAAUAUGCUGUUGAAGGUCUGGAUUUUCUUGACAUAGAGGAAGUUUUUACCCUGUCUUAGUUCUCUGUCCCACUUCACCUAUAUAUUAUACAUUAGACAGCAAAAUGCCUCCAAUCAUUCCAGUUUUUGCAUCUUUCCAAGUGAUGCUACAUCCCUUCAGAUCUUCAUCAAAGAACAGACAAAAUGAGUUCAAGUACUGACCAUGAGCUGCUUGAUGUUAGCCAACCUAUGUCCUCAUACACUGAUAAUAUUGAAUUUUUGGACAGUAUGGAAUCAUUGAGUUUUUAUAAGGACUUUGAUGAAACUGCUGAGGGAAGGAAAUUAUAUUUUGAAGAUGGAGUGCGACGGAUCGAUUAUAUCAUUGCAUGGAAUAAACAUAGUAAGAAGAUGACAGAAUCACAGAAUGCUCGCUCGACUUUUCACGAUAACUUGAAGAAAGAGUUCCUAGAACUUGAAGUUGAUACCAGUGAUUCCGAAAUCCAUUUUAUGAAAAUCCAUGCACCAUUCAAAGUUUUAUGUCGUUAUGCAGAACUACUUAAACUGAAAGUUCCAAUGAAAGAAACUCCUGAACUGCUACAUUUUGCUAAACAGUAUGAUGAGCAGGUGUUUUAUCUGGAUACAGAUGGAACAGAGCAAGUGCAGGUCGUAAAAGGUGAUGGACCUAUAAAGAAGUUGCAUAAAUUAUGGCAACAACUGUCUGAGAAAUUGAAAUCUCCAUUUGAUUACAACAAAGAGGUGUUUAAAGCAACACCUAAAGAGUACAAAUGUCCGUUCUCACGUGAUAAAGAUUAUUUAUUUGCAUAUCCAGAAAAUCAUGAAGCAAUUUUCAGUCAAGGCAUGAGAACCCGAAUUGUAGAUUACAUUUUAAGAAGAACUUCAUUUGGAGAUAAAGAUGCAGAAUCAUAUUCCUGUGGUAUAAAGAAAAUGAUAAGUGAUGGAUAUUAUGUUUCUGCUUUCCCGUUACACGAAGGCCACUGGAAAAAAGAGACAAAACCUAAUAUUCGAAAAGAUCUGUAUGACAACUGGGGGCAUUGGAGUCAGUUUCUCAAAUUUCAACCAUUGCACUACAUAAAAGAAUAUUUUGGUGAGAAGGUAGGAAUUUAUUUUGCCUGGCUUGGAUUUUACACCCUCAUGUUGAUUCCAGCUGCAAUUGUUGGUUUUGGUAUAACGAUCUACGGAUUAAUCAUUAUGAGAGAUAAUUAUGUCAGUAAUGAAAUCUGUCAAAGCACUAACAUCACUAUGUGCCCUCUAUGUGAUCAUCGAUGUCCAUAUUGGAAUCUCUCUGAAGCUUGCUCCCAUUCUAGGGUCAGUGCUAUUGUAGACAACGGAGCAACUGUAUUUUUUGCAAUUUUCAUGUCUUUCUGGGGUACAUUAUUUUUAGAAUUUUGGAAAAGAAAGCAAGCUGUCAUUCAAUGGAAAUGGAACCUUCAUUAUCAAGAGGAGGAGGAACCGCCUCGCCCAGAAUAUCUAGCUAAGAUGGCCAAUGAUAAAAAAUAUAGAAGAGAUCCAAUUUCACAGAUGGAUGAACCAUACAUCCCAUUUUGGACUCGCCAGAUACCAAUCAUCUGUUUUUCGUAUUCACUUAUGCUGUUUAUGGUUAGCAUCGCAAUAGCAGCUGUUUUGGGUGUGAUAGCUUUCCGAGUGUCAAUGUUGGCGGCCCUUCAAUUAAGAGAAGAGAACAUCAUUUACAAAAAUGCUGGUUUAAUGACAACAGUAAUUUCUGCUUGCAUCAAUUUACUCAUCAUCAUGAUAUUGAACAUAAUUUACAGAAGAGCAGCUUUCUGGUUGACUGAUUUGGAAUGUUUACGUACACAAACAGAGUAUGAUAAUAGCCUGACCUUCAAACUAUUCGCUCUGCAAUUUGUCAAUUAUUAUUCCUCUAUCAUUUAUAUCGCUUUCUUCAAAGGAAAAUUUGUAGGGAGACCAGGAAAAUAUAAUACUAUUUUUGGUGCGCGUCAGGAAGAGUGUGAACCAGGAGGCUGUCUGAUUGAGCUUUGUAUCCAGCUUGGUAUCAUCAUGACUGGAAAACAACUUCUACAAAACAACUUAGUAGAAAUUCUCAUUCCGAAAUUAUGGAAAUAUUGCAUGAAACGAUGGAAAGAAGCUGCCAAGAAGAAACUACCAAAUACUCCUUGGGAGAAAGAUCUCCUUCUGACUGAUGUUGAUACCACAACUCUGUUUUAUGAAUAUUUAGAAAUGAUUCUUCAAUUUGGGUUUCUAACCCUAUUUGUAGCUGCUUUCCCCAUGGGUCCAUUGUUCUGUUUAAUCAACAAUAUAAUAGAAAUCAGAGCUGAUGCCAAUAAGUUUGUUACUACAAUAAAACGACCAACUCCACAAAUUGCAACCAAUAUUGGGAUAUGGUACAGUGUACUUUAUGGUAUCUCAAGAAUUGCAAUUUUAUCAAAUGCAUUCAUCAUAUGUGUGACAUCAGAUUUUAUACCUCAGUUAGUUUACAAAAUUGGCUACAGUUUAGAUGAUAACCUCAGUGGUUAUGUGGAGAAUUCCCUGGCCUAUUUCAACACCAGUGACUUUGAACAGAAUCACCGUCCUCUCAGUAUGCCAAACGAAACACUGGUAGAGAUUUGUCGCUACCGGGAUUAUCGAAAUCCACCUUGGGCUGAGAAUAAAUAUGAAUAUUCUGAGAAAUUCUGGCAUAUCUUUGCGGCAAGGAUGGCUUUUGUUGUUGUUUUUGAGAAUUUCGUCGUCGUUUUUACAAGUAUAAUUGCAUGGUUGAUUCCUGAUGUUUCAAGUAAAACAAAAGAACUCAUUCGCCAAGAAGCUUACAUUACCCAGAAGAUUAUCAUGAAUGAAGAGCUGAAACGUGCACGAGAAGAAGCACGAUCAGUAAAUAAUUACAAACCAGAUCAGCCGCCAUCUGAAGGAGUCAGUAGGCGUAAACCAAAUUUUUUCCCAACUGCAGACGAAACUGCCUAAUUAAUAAUUGUAUUACUGCAAGGCAUAAAUGGUUGUACAACAUAUUGAAAUGUUUUUAUAAUAUCUGUAACUUAUUGUUUGUUUAUAUUUUUUAUUAUUUUAUUGUGCAAUUUAUUUUGUGUUUUUGUUUAACAUUUUCUUUAUUUUAUCACCCCGUGUUUUACCUUUUUUUUUUCACAAGAAGAUCUUUGCUCAUAAUAAUGUUCAGGUUUUGUAUCAUCUGAAACUUUAGCAAAAAAUUGUUUUUUUCUCUCUUAUUUAAUCAUGAUUUUUUUAAUUUAAAAAAAAAAACAACCUUUUUCAGUGAGAAUUGUCAAAUGUAAAAUUUAUUUUGGACAUUUGUUUUUGUUAUCAUUUUUAUAUUCUCAUUUAUUUUUAAUCAGUAUACAAAAAAAUGAAAGAAACUAAAGAUUGAAUCUCAUGUUGAAACAAACAAAAUUAUUAUUUUGAUCCAAAACAAUCAUUUCUACUUAAAUUUUAUAAUGCAUUCUCUUCAAAUUGGUUUUAAAUAUUCUUACCUUGUUUCAAACAAAAAUUCUGGUUUUGUAAACAUAAGAACAUGUUGCUCUUUUUUUUAUAGCAAUAUUAUGUAAACAUAAAAAUGUAUGUUUUUUUUUUUUAGAAAGACAAUAUCAGCAUUCUUGACUAGUAAUAAAAUUUAAUUCAUUAUAAAAGACAGAAUUGGUCAAGUGUCUGACCUGUCAUUCUCCUAAGGUACAAUAAGUACUAGUCAAAGUUCUUGGGUCAAACUAAUAGCCUAUACCUUUCCAAAAAAUUUAUAGCAACGUGCCAAUUCUAAUAGAAGAAAAAUUUUCAUUAUU